AUGGCAUCGCUGCAGGAGAAACUCGACAAGAUAAAAUCCCCGAAGCUGCAGAACCAGCACACUACGGCUAUAGUUCUCUCCGCUGUGGAAGAUACUCUUCGCGAGCAGCACACUGACUGCACCGCAACCGCGUACUUCGCCGCCCUCUUAGCCUUGCUCGGCCAGUCUGUCAGCUCCACCCAGGGUCUUGUUGAGAAAGAGCCCGUGACCUCUGUCGUGUACCUUCUUGACAUCGUCUCUCCCUUUGUUCCGGCGCCAUUACUACGAGCCAAGUUUGCGCAAAUACUCGGGAGCCUUGCGCCGGUUCUCGUGGCACCCGCCGCCGAAGCACCGCUGCUCAGACCCUCAAUUGGGUGUCUGCAAUCUCUUCUCGUGGCCCAAGAUGCAGCGGCAUGGGCCCUUCCACAUUCCCAAAUAGGCCCACGACGGGCCAUGGCCGGGCUACUAGCUCUAGCGGUUGAUCACCGGCCAAAAGUGCGAAAGCGAGCCCAGGACGCCCUGGCUCAAGUCUUGAAGCAUCCUCCGCCAAGCCCUUCGCUAGACCAUCCAGCCGCAGAUAUGUGUGCUGAGACCGCUCUUUUAACAUUGAAAGAAAGUGUUGCCGCAGCCGGCAAAAUGAGAAAAGGGAAACAUGCCUCUUCCCAUCAAAACCAACACGAACCCGCUGUGAUACACGCUCUACAUCUGGUUAAGACGCUCGCAACAGCAUCAGGUGGAUGGCCCAGCAAGAAGAUCGAACCCCUAUGCGAGCUUUUGAUGAAUGUUUCGAGAUCAACCAAUGAAUUCUUAACAAUGGGGGCCUUUGAGGUAUUUGAAGUGAUUUUCGAAGGCAUGGCCGACGAUUUUUCCUCGUCAAAACUGCCACGCCUUCUAGAGGCCAUCCGAGAAUUGAAACCAGCGCACAACGAUUCGCAACUCCUUCCACCAUGGAUUGCAGUGCUGUCGAGAGGAUACGAUGUAUCUGCUCAAGUUCAUCCGGAGGAUACCUUUGAACAGUUACCGGAACUAUUCGACCUCGUAGCAUCUUUUCUUUCAUCGUCCUCACACAAUAUCCGCAUCUCUGCCUCGGAGUGCCUUGUUUCGUUUCUUGCCAAUUGCAUCCCAGCCAGUGUAAUUGUGGAACCAUCAAUUUACGAUGAGAAAACGCUUGAGAAACUUGCUAAAACUGGGACGGGUCUACUAUCUAUGAAGUACCAAACAGCGUGGGCAGAGGUGUUCAAUGUGCUGACAGCCAUGUUUGAGGCCUUGAAGUGGAGGGCGGACCCUAUCCUAACUGACAUUGUACGGACAAUCGGAGGGAUCCGUGGUAAUGACUCAUUUCAUGGCAAAAAGGAGGCGGACAAAGUGCUGGGAGCCGCAGUUGAAGCCAUGGGCCCUGAGACUAUACUUGGCAUUCUACCGCUAAACAUAACCCGACAAAAGGCCGGUGAGCCGGGCCGCGUUUGGCUUCUCCCGAUUCUGCGAGAUUAUGUUUCGAACACUCGGCUCUCAUACUUCCGGUCUGAAUUUGUCCCUCUCAGCGAAUCUCUGUUUCAGAAAGUUCUUGAAUACGGCAAUGCUGAGAAAACGGUUGAAGUGAAAAUUUUCGAGACUCUUGUGCAGCAGACGUGGGCGACGUUGCCUGGUUUCUGUGUCCUUCCAUUGGAUGUGAUAGAAGCCUUUGAUCAAGGAUUUGCAGAGCUCUUAUCAAACGUGCUAUAUAAGCAAACUGAGCUUCGUGUGGACGUGUGCAAAGCUCUACAAAACUUGGUUGAAGGUAACAAAGAGAUUGCCUCUUUGGAGCAGGAUGCUGAUGACCUUGUCUUACAACGCCGCAUUACGAAAAAGAUGGCCAAGAAAAAUAUUGCGCAUCUUGCUGCACUCUCAAGCAACCUGCUAGCGGUGUUGUUCAACGUUUACAGCCAGACACUACCUCAAUUCAGAGGGUACAUUCUUCAGUGUAUUAAUGCGUACCUUAGCAUCACACCAGAAAAAGAACUCAUGGAAACAUUCACUCGCGUGACCACAAUGCUCCAAGCAUCGCUGGAAGAGACCGCCCAAGAGCAGGCGAAAAAGAAAAAUACUGGAGACAAGAUGCCUCCUACAUCACACACGCUCAUGGACCUUGUCGUAACCAUGUCUAUCUAUUUGCCGCGGGCUAGCUUUGCGACCCUAUUUUCACUCUCUGCUGUCGUGCUCAACACCGAGUCUCUCGACCCUCAGUUGAUCAAAAAAGCAUAUAAACUCAUUCCUCGCCUGGCAACUGCGGAAGCUGGGGCUUUAGCCCUGGAGGAACGCAGCUCCGACUUGCAAAGCCUAAUCAUCUCGACAACAGAUAAGACACCCUCUCCAGCUCGGCGAGAUCGUCUGAUGGCCAUUCAAGAAAUUGUCACUCACCUUCCCACCUCCGAUCUCCAUUUUAUUCCAUCUAUCUUGUCAGAAGUUGUGCUAGGAUGCAAGGAGAGCAAUGAGAAAGCGCGAACAGCGGCAUUUUCACUCUUGAUUCACCUUGCAAGUCGCCUGACAGAUGCGGAACGCAACCCUUCGGGCACUGUGAUUCGCAAUUCCCUCAUUUCCCAUAUGGCAGACGAUGCACCCGAUGCGCCGGCAACUAUUGAAGAAUUCUUCACAAUGGUUUCAGCUGGUUUGGCCGGUAGCUCACCGCACAUGGUUGCCGCAUCGGUGAUCGCCCUAUCCCGGCUCCUCUUCGAGUUCCACUCCGGUUUGCCUCGAGCAGUACUAUCAGACCUUGUUCAGACAAUAGACCUUUUUCUAACCAGUAACAAUCGAGAAAUCGUUCGCGCAGUCCUGGGAUUUGUUAAGGUAGUGGUUGUGGCAAUCCCGGACGAUCUGCUGAAGCCCCGACUCGAAUCGCUUGUACCAAAUUUGAUGGUCUGGAGCAAAGAGCAUAAAGGACGGCUUCGAAGCAAGGUGAAGGGUAUCCUGGAUCGACUAAUGCGACGCUUCGGCGCCCAGGCUGUCGAGAGUUUUACUCCAGAAUCUGACCGGAAACUCGUUGUGGCGAUCCGUAAGCAACGCGAACGAAGUAAGAGAAAGAAGGAGCAGAGCAAAGCUGCCGCAGAAGACGAAUCCGGGGCGGAGGAAGGCGGGCCAUCGACGACUCGAAACGCCUUUAGCAAUGAAUUCGAUAAGGCCGUUUACGGCUCAGACAUGUCGGAUUCUGACAUGGGCUCAGACUCCGACGACGAUGCAAGCGAAAUCGAGAUCGACGCUGCGGGUAAUAUGCACAAGCACAGCAACAAGGCUAAAAAAGCCGCACCGCAAAACUCUCGCUCCAAACCAUCCAAAGCCUCGAAGGACUCCACCGGAUCGCAAUACAUCCGCGAACUCUCCCCCGAAUCCAACCCACUCGACCUCCUCGCUCCCAAUACACUCGCCAGCAUCUCCAGCACAAAGCCAACCGUCCGCUUCCUACACGCCAAGAAGACGACGGCCCAUCGACGAUCUGCGCGGGUUGAUGCGGAUGGCAAGCUCAUCCUGUCCAGCGCCGGCGCAGGCACCGUGGGGCGUGACGCAGACGGUGACACCGCGAUGGCCGAAGGUGCCGAUGCAAGUGCCGUCGACGCGUACAUCGCCGCGGUCAGCGGGCCGGAUGCAGUGCGCAAAGGGCAAAAGGGCCGCUUGAAGGUGGGCCAGAGCGGAGUGGGCAAGAAAGGCGGCGCCGCCGCGGCGGCGGCGGAAUCCGACGAGGAGGGAGAGGCAGGGAAGGAGAAGAAGCGCGGAGGCCACAGCUCUGGGCGGCGGGGACUGGGAGAGCCGAAGAGGAGCGGUGGUGGCGGCGGCGGGGCGGGACGAGUUGAGAAGAGGCGGAACUUCAAGGCGGGGCGGAGCGGGAGCGGGUUUCGGAGGAAGAGAUGA